AAGGGGCUGGUCUCCAGAAAUCUGAGCUUCACCCUCGGCUGUCGGGAGCAGGACUGGCAUUUUCUGUGACCAGCAAAACGAAAACUCAACUUGACUUCAAUGUGAGUGAACCAUGACUUCACCAGCUAUUGCCUCUUUAAGGUGGGGUGAAAUGAAGGUUGAGGGCAGUGAUACUCGAUACAAAGAUUGUAAAGUCUGGCCAGGAGGAAACCGAACAUGGGACUGGAGAGAGACAGGAACUCGUCAUACACCUGGAAUUCAACCAGCUGAUGUUAAUGAAAUUGUUAACAAAGGUAUUCAGACACUAGUAAUUGGAAGGGGAAUGGACGAAGCAUUGCAAGUGCCUGAAGCAACUCUGUCCUUCAUCAGAAGUAAGGGUAUUGAUCCUGUGGUUCUCCAAACAGAGAAAGCUGUGCAGCAGUACAACAAACUAGUGAAGGAAGGUGUUGCCGUUGGAGGAAUUUUCCAUUCAACCUGCUGAAGCAUCCAAGGACUACAGGAGAAUAUUUUGUUCUGUUUUAGGUGGUAGUUUUAGCACUCUGUUAUGAUACUUCAUGCACAAUACAAAAGCACAUUACUUUUCAGAACACAAACUUUGAGUUAGAACAGAUUUUGAAAACGAUGUAAACAAUUAACACUAUCCAGUGGCUUACUUUUGCAACUAAAAUGAUUAUUUGGACUACAAUAAGCCAAUGCUUGAAUUUUUCCCCUGUUUGAAUGAAUAAUAAAUGUUCCUUGCUACUUCUAACUAAUGUUUAUGUUGAACUCCAUUG